UGUACUGUACUCGCUAACUAAUUUGUAACCUUCAGUCGUCUCCUGGAUUCAAAGUUAAUUUUAAAAACUGCCACAUUCCGUAGUACAGGGAUUCUAGUUACACAACACUUAAGUCAACAGGUAUUGCCUAAAGCUUACCUGCAAUCUUAAUGAGGACAAGUGAUGUAGAAAAUUGAUGGAUGGACAUCCAAACAACACACCAAAAUAACAUUCAUUCUGAAUUCAAAGGAUUGCUGCCGCAGGAAACUACUUGUCAAGAGACCUCACUUGAGAGUGACUGAGCCGGCAUGCAUAAUCGAGAGAGUGGCUUCUAAACCAAAGGACAUCUGGCACCACUUGUUUUAAAGACAGGUCGAGGGAGGUAGCCGAGCACAGUGUGGCUGUGUGAAACACGGGACUGAGGUGACCAGUGGAUAGCGUGAUGGCAGAGCUGAGGCUUUCCACUCCUCUUCCAAUUCUUCUCCUCCUUGUCCUUGGGGGAGUUCUUCCAGUGGCACAGGGCUCUAGUUAUCUGUCUGGAUAUCGCAUGAGGUCUCGCCCCCAGCGGGACCGGCAAAUCCGAAACAUUCGACCAAAUAUCAUUCUCAUCCUCACAGAUGAUCAGGACAUAGAGCUGGGCUCAAUGCAGGCCAUGAACAAAACCCGGCACAUCAUGGAGAAGGGUGGAACACAUUUCUCCAAUGCUUUCUCUACCACGCCGAUGUGCUGCCCAUCUCGCUCCUCCAUCCUGACUGGGAAGUACGUCCACAACCACCACACAUACACCAACAACGAGAACUGCUCCUCACCCUCAUGGCAGGCUCACCACGAGCGACACACCUUCGCGGUCCACCUCAACAACUCUGGCUACAGGACUGCUUUCUUUGGAAAGUAUCUCAAUGAGUAUAACGGCUCCUAUGUGCCCCCGGGCUGGAGGGAGUGGGUCGCCCUGGUGAAGAACUCGCGCUUCUACAACUACACUCUCUGCCGGAAUGGAGUACGAGAGAAACACAGCAGUGACUAUUCAAAGGAUUACCUGACAGACAUCAUCACCAACGACAGCAUCAACUACUUUCGAAUGUCCAAGCGGAUGUAUCCUAUCCGUCCUGUCAUGAUGGUUCUGAGCCAUGUUGCCCCUCACGGCCCAGAGGACUCUGCUCCACAGUACAGCUCUGCCUUCCCCAAUGCUUCGCAGCACAUAACUCCGAGCUACAAUUAUGCUCCUAAUCCAGACAAACACUGGAUCCUCCGCUACACGGGGCCCAUGAGACCUGUGCACAUGCAAUUUACUAACAUGCUGCAGCGCAGGAGGAUGCAGACCCUGCUGUCUGUGGAUGACAGCAUGGAGAAGAUGUACAACAUGUUGGUGGAGACGGGUGAACUGGAUAACACCUACAUCAUCUACACAUCAGAUCACGGCUACCAUAUUGGCCAGUUUGGGCUAGUGAAGGGCAAAUCAAUGCCUUAUGAGUUUGAUAUCCGCGUUCCCUUCUAUGUACGAGGGCCCAAUGUGGAGCAAGGUGCCAUUAACCCCCAUAUGGUCCUGAACAUUGACUUAGCGCCAACUCUGCUGGACAUGGCUGGUGUUGAUAUCCCUGCAGAAAUGGAUGGAAAGUCAAUCCUAAAGCUGCUGGACACUGACAAACCAGUGAACAGGUUCAAUUUAAACAGGAAAGCUAAAACUUGGAGAGAUUCCUUCCUUGUGGAGAGAGGAAAGCCUCUGCACAAAAUGGCCGAUGGGAAGGAAAUGGCUCAGGAGGAGAACUUCCUGCCUAAAUACCAGCGAGUCAGGGAGCUGUGCCAGAAGACAGAGUACCAGACUUCUUGUCAACAGCGGGGCCAGAAGUGGCAGUGCGUGGAGGACCCGUCUGGCAAACUGCGGCUGUAUAAGUGCAAGGGCAUGGCUAGUCUCUAUGCCCCUCGAAUGCAGGCUCUGAUGGCCAGCCGUGGCCCCCGGCUGUCUUCUUUGUCAAGUGCAGACAACUGCAACUGCGGCAAUUUGGGCUUUAGAACAUCCGUCCUGAAGCGAAAGAAACUCCUCACUAAGAAGAAGCUUAAGUCAAGUAAGUCUGCCUCUAGGAAGCGUUGGGCCCGCUCUGUGUCCUUUGAGCUGGAUGGAGACGUGUACGCUGUAGACCUAGAAGAGUCCUACCAUCCCGCAAGCUUUCAGAACGAUAGCUGGACUUUGGACAGAAGCAGAGGAGUCGGGCAUGAGGAGGACGAUGAAGAGUUCAGUGGCAUGGGAAUCACAGCCAGGCCCACCACUGACAACAGACUGACUCCACUUGCCGCUCUCAAGGUCACAUACAGAUGCUCUAUUCUAAUGAAUGACACAGUGAAAUGUGACGGUGGCCUCUAUAAGUCCCUGCAGGCAUGGAAAGACCACAAAAUGCACGUUGAGCAUGAGAUUGAAACUUUGCAGACCAAAAUAAAGAAUCUGCGGGAGGUCAAAGGACACUUAAAACGGGUGCGACCAGAGGAAUGUCAGUGCAACACUCCCAGCUAUCUGCUCAAGAAUAAAGACAACUAUAUGCUGCGCACUGGACGUGUGCAUUCGCUCAGAAUGCCAAAGCAGAAGACGCAGUGGCUGCAGAAGGAGCAGAAGCGCAGGAAGAAACUCCGGAAAUUCCUGAAAAGGCUCCAGAACAAUGACACCUGCAGCAUGCCUGGCCUUACUUGCUUCACCCAUGACAAUCAUCACUGGCAGACCGCCCCCUUCUGGACAAUGGGGCCAUUCUGUGCAUGUACCAGUGCCAACAACAAUACCUACUGGUGCCUGAGGACCAUCAAUGACACACACAACUUCCUGUUCUGUGAGUUUGCAACGGGCUUCCUGGAGUAUUUUGACCUCAACACAGACCCAUACCAGCUGAUUAAUGCUGUCAGCACCCUAGACCGCAACGCUUUGAAUUCGAUGCAUCAACAGCUCAUGGAAUUACGGGGUUGCAAGGGACACAAGCAGUGCAACCCUGAAAAGGGAGGCAAAGAGCGAAACUACUUUAGUGAAUACAGGCCGGUUUAUCGUCGAAAGAGGCCAAAAGUGAAGAAACCGUCGUCCAAAUCACUGGGGCAGAUUUGGGACGGUUGGAUGGGUUAACCAACUGUUUCCCAUUGCCAACCACAAGAGGCAGCCCUGCCACACUCUGAUGACAUCAUUAGUUGGGGUUUUAAUUUAUUACAGAGCCACACACCGAGGUAAGAGACAUGAAGAAACUGAGAGGAAGCCCAUACAACUCUGUCAUUAUGAGUUGUUCUUCUUCACACAUUUCAUUCUGGGGUCAAGAUCCGUCAACAUGAACUGGAUGCUGUGAUUUACAUGGGACUGUAUGUGUAUGCACAAGCCACUCAGUUUCACUGUUUGUAGAGAAGUAUUAGCUUUAAUCAGCUUUCAUCCCCGUGACACUGGACUGGAGUGGAUUGUGCUGUCAACUCUGCUGCUACUCAUACAAGUUACUCAUGCUUAAAACCUAAAUCAUAUGAUCCAUGGCCGUGCAGACAUGUCAUUGUCCAUACGAAUGCUUCUGUACACUGAUGUGGUGUGAACUUUUGAGUCCACUAAAUACAAACGUGCCAUUUGGCCAUUAUCUUUUGUAUCAUAGUUGAACUUUACUUUAAUAUUGAAUGUUCUCAAUGAGCCGUCCUCCUCAAACUAGUGAUGUGUGAGUGGUGUUGAUCACUCACCUUUAACACAGCUCAUCAUGCCACUUUUUGAAAAAGGUCCUAACAAGCCCAACCAGUCCAAAAUAUUUGAUAGUUGGCAGAAUGUGUAUUAUUAAUGCCAUUUAUUUUAUCCUUUGUAACGACAGUACCGCACAGUAGAUAUCUCAAUCUAGCUUGCUAUAUGGUGCUACAGGAUAACCAUACAGAAGUAAACUUGCUGUACAGUACAAGUUUGUAAUUGAAUGUAUGUUGUGCAAUUGAUAUAAAUGUUUACAAUAUUUUUAUAAUACCGAAGAGGCGGACCUCAUAGUGUGAGUUGAAACAAAUGGACUACUAUCAAGGGGAAUGUCGAUUGUCCUUUGCUUCUUUACAUGAGAAAAGCACUUAUAAGGAUACACUGUGAAGACAUCAACUUAUAACGUUUAUUAUGUGCCAGAGGAACAGCACAACGGUGUUAUGUACAUGCUCAUUUGAUUUUAAGCGAGCUUUUUUUUUUUUAGUUUGUUCAAUUUUGUUUUCUUAGCAGGCCGUAGACCUGAGUGCUGACAGUAAUUGUGAAUAAAGU